AUGAUUAAGAAAUUCAUUUGGCAACACAUCAUAUGUUGGUUCGGAAUCCCGCGUCUGCUCGUCUCUAACAAUGGAAGACAGUUCACCGGACGACAUCUCAGAGAAUGGUGCGAGGGGUAUGGGAUUCAGCAGGCCUUCGCCUCCUUAGCAUAUCCCCAAAGCAACAGACAAGAUGAAGUCGCCAACCGAGAAAUUCUACAAAUUCUUCAAGUUCGGCUCGACCACAUCAGAGGCAGCUGGGCAGACGAACUUCCUUGCGUGCUGUGGGCAAUCCAUACGACUCCAAAGGAGGGGACCGGAGUGACCCCGUUCCACUUGGGUUAUGGAGGCGAAGCAGUCAUCCCAGUUAAAGUCGGGGUUGAAUCCGAUCGGGUGCAGCAGUAUAGCGAGGACAUAGCCGAGCGGAGACUCCUGGAGCUGGACUUGGUAGACUUGGUUGGCGACUUCGUAUGGAAGAAGGUGAAGCCAGUCGGUGAUGUCACCAAGCUGGAGGCCCCGUGGGCCAGACCCUUCAAGAUCAUGGAAAAGCUCUGA